AACGAACUUGGUGGUCAGUGUGCGAACUGCGGGCUUCGAGAUAAGAGGCGAAGAGGGGUAUUUGCUCUCUUGGGCCGUUGUAAAUAUUGGAACGCAACAAAAACAGAUUAAGACAACAUAGCUAAGCAGCUAUGGCAGAAGGCGAUAAUAAAAGCACAAAUUUGUAUGCCCAGGAGACGGCCCAGCUGGAGGAGCAGCUGCAGGGCUGGGGUGAGGUGAUCCUGGCUGGAGAUCGGGUCCUGCGUUGGGAGAAGCCCUGGUUCCCUGCAGUCCUGAUUGGAGUCACGACCCUGGUGUUCAUGCUGAUCUACUACCUGGACCCCUCGGUGCUGACCGGGGUGUCCUGUGCUGUGAUGAUUCUCUGCCUGGCAGAUUACCUGGUGCCCACUCUCGCCCCCAGAGUGUUCGGCUCCAACAAGUGGACCACAGAGCAGCAGCAGCGCUUCCAUGAGAUCUGUGGGAACCUGGUGAAGUCCCAGCACAGCGUGGGCGGCUGGUGGAAACGCCUCUUCGCUCUCAAGGAGGAGAAACCCAAAAUGUACUUCCUGUCUGUGAUCAGCAGUCUGCUUGUGGUGGCCUGGAUAGGCCAGCAAGUCCACAACUUGAUCCUGACCUACCUGAUUGUGAGCUUCCUCCUCUUGCUGCCUGGUCUGAAUCAGCACGGCAUCAUUACCAAGUACGCGGGCAUGGCCAAGAGGGAGAUCAACAAGCUGCUCAAACAGAAGGAGAAGAAGAACGAGUGAAAAGGACCGGAGAACGAGAGCCCCCCCCCACCCACGGAUGGAAUCACUUGCCGCAGCUCCCCUUCGCUUGUCAAAAACGCCGCCCCUUCCGUCCGUCACAAACCCCCCCCCUUAUCAUUUGUCACCCCGCCCCAUCAGAAACAAAUCCCAUCCAUUUUCCUGUUACAGAACCCAACCCCCCCCCCCCCCACCAAUCCUCACUGAGGGUGCAAACCCCGCAUGCUCACUUCAUGUCCAUUAGUAAUAAAAUAUCAUUAGUAAUCUCGGAACAAUCAGUCCCCUACACACGCACACACACGCACGCACACACACACGCACACACACAUGCACACACACACACCAUCGCCUUCAGCCCCUAAAGCUUCACUGCUGUCUGUUACUUUACUUUGUUGGCACUUAGCAGAUGCUCUUAUCCAGAGUGAUGAGUACAGCACAGGAGCAGUGGCAUCUUUUAGACUGUCCUGUGUUCAACUGGCUGGGACCGAAAAGCUGUUUAGAGCUUAUUGUCCCAUCAGCAGUUACCCAGCUCUGUUUUUGCUGCCCCCCACCCCAUCCCAUCCCAUCCCCCAUUGCACUGAGACUCAGAAGAAACUGGACGCAAGAACGAACCCGUCCGCUCUGGCACCAGGUGCCCCCGGACGAGAGCCUACUACUGUACAGCCAGGACGGCCGGGUCAUGGGACCGGCAACUGGAACUCCACCAGAGCCCUGCUGAUCCUCACGCCCCAGGACCCCUCUUCUGCUGCGUGGGCCACGUUUGUACAUACACCCGUCCCCUUCUGCUCUCUGCCCCCACCUGCGUGUGUUACACCUGACCUCUCCUUCAUUUCACCUUUCAUUUACUGUCUUCUGUAUCUGAGUAAUAAAAGUCUGUCUCUAAAAACGAGAAA